AUGGAUCCCUUUUCAAUUCUCCCUGGGAGUGUCCGCCCCGGGUGGGGUUCAGACCCGUUGCCAUUCUCGUCCUCAUCGUCGUUCGAGAAGGUUUACAACCGUGGACGUCGUCCAUUCAUGUCUACCACUGCCGCUAGGUACAUGGACAGAAACCUCAUCCGCAUGCUGAACCCCUAUCCUAGACGCCCUUCAAACCGGCGUACGAUGCCCUAUCUCAUGACCCAAGGCGUGAACUUGUCCCCCGAACGGUGGGACUUCAUCAUUGACACCAUUCGGAACACACCUGAACUGGAUCCUGAUAGAAUGGAAGGCUUAGAAUUCACCGGACUCGUGGACGGUUUGGCAAUUAACGACAAAAUUGACGCUGAUGGCGACAUUAUCAUGACCGAUUCCACCCCUAUUUCUAUCAACACUUUCGUAGAUGAUGACACGUCUAUGCACAUCGACACACCUAUGGAUAUCGAUACACCUGUCACCCUUCCCCCUUGGUCUAAGGACAUCAACUCCAUCACUGUCGCCACGGCCAGCCGUCCUUUCCCCCCCACGGACAUCGCGAUGCCUGGUGAUCACAUACUUGAGAACGCAAACGAAUACACCACACCAAUUAAAGCACCCCAACAAAAGCAACUUGUGUUUGGCUUAGAGCAACUAUCGCUCGUAGGUCCCCACACAAGACGCAAACUCGAAAACGACGCAGAUUCCCCCGAGGAAGCUCAGCAACCACAACGCAAGAUCAAGAAAGUGACAAAGAUACCGUCGCUCGAACGCAUGAAACUCUUGUCGGUCCCCAAGGCCAAUGGCCGAUCACCACGGCCCGUGGGCCCGCGAUACAGCCGGGCGGCCGUCUCUAGUACACCAUCGCCUGAGCCUAUCCCAAUUAUUAAGGUUACGGAUCCCGACGACAAUUUUACAUAUCCGUUUUAAGUCCGAGGCAGACUAGAGGCUUCUAUCUUCGAUUUAUCGGCUUGGUGGGAUAUCUUAGAGGACAUCAAGGUGCUGUUGAUUUGGAUAUAAGGACUAGGGCAUGGAAGCCCGAAUAUGUUGACUGGAUUAUGAUGGUUGGAACACGAAGCGAAGAUGAAUGCAUUUGUUAGAACUUGGAAAUGGUGGAACUUACAUGGAAUGCAUUAUAAGCCGCGGGGCUUCACUGGAUUGUAUAGGUUGGUUGGUUGGAGUCUGGGAGUCUUUGGUGGAAUAUAUUCUAAGCCUCGGGGCUUCACUGGGCUUUGUGCCCCUAUUGGGAAG